CAGCAACGCAAACCCCCAGCUAAGCCAAGCAUCUUCAGAAUCCCCCAACACCUGCGAUUAGGACAUGAGCAUGCCUACGAGCCAGAGCUGGUCUCCAUUGGUCCUUACCAUCAUGGUAACCCCAGGCUUCAGGCUAUGGAGGAAAUCAAGUGGCAAAUACUAGGCCAUCUCUGGGAAACUUCGAAAGAUGACGUCCGCCGGUCUCUGCAAAUUAUGCAAGACAAGGAGGCGGAAGCCCGAAGCUACUACUCUGAAGUAAUCAACAUGAAAAGCCGCAGAUUUGCGGAGAUGCUGCUGCUGGAUGGCUACUUUAUUAUCCAACUAUUCACCCCCUGUGAGAAGAUGGCUGAGGAGCUCCGCGAUCUGUUGGACAACAGUGUUUAUCUUCAAUCCUCUCUCCAUCGAGAUUUGCUCCUGCUCGAAAACCAGCUUCCAUAUUUCAUCUUCAAUGUUCUUCUUAGCGUCCUAGACAUACAAGAGGUAUCGAGCGUCGCUAUUCAAAGAGUUUUUAUUAUAAAGUUGGACAUGAAGUUGCCGGGAUUAAUGGUACCAAGCGAGGACUCCAAGAUGGCUCAUCUUCUCGACUUGCUCCACCAGAGCAUUGCAUCACCCAAUCCACGGGUCGAAUGGGUCAUUGGGCUCAUCAUGGAGACCUCUGGUCCCCAGUCCCUGCAGCAAUCAAGAUCAAGAUCAAGGUGUCCCCUCAGUCUACAGUUCCUGCAGAGAUCAGGAUCAAGACCACCGUCCCCUGUUGGUGUCCCCUCCGCGACAGAGCUUGUGGAGGCUGGAGUCAAGAUCAAGGUGAGGAAAGAAGGUAACUUUCUAGACAUUUCAUUUGACAAAGAAAAUGGGUUGCUAGAAAUUCCAGCCAUCCGCGUCCAGGAUUCCACGAAUCUCAUCUUCCGAAACCUCAUCGCCUUGGAACAAUUCAACACGGAUUUCGGCAUGAAGAUCACCUGCUACUCCAUUUUCAUGGAUUCUAUCAUCGAUACUGAAAAAGAUGUGGCGUUGCUUCGCCAGGAGGGGAUCAUUUGCUGCCGUCAUGUCAAUGACAAGGACAUUGCACUUCUCUUCAAUGAGCUUUGCAAGGACAUUAUCUUUGUUGCCAGUCAGAAUUACUUUGAUCUAUUGUGCAUGGAAGUGAAUGAUUACUGCAACUCGAGGUGGAACAGAUGGCGGGCAAGACUAAUGCGUGAUUAUUUCAGCAAUCCAUGGGCAAUCCUCUCGGUGAUCGCAGCUGCUGUUCUCCUUGUCCUCACCAUUCUUCAAACGGUUUUCUCCGUUUUAAGUUAUACUCGGCAAAUCCAUAGCAGCGACAAGCCUCAUCAAUAAAUAAGAUUUUGAAGUGACGAUCUAAGAUCACCACAAUCAUCGAUAUCAAAAUAAGUGAGUUCGAAAGUAUAUGGUUAGCCUUUUGAUAGAAUAAAUUUUCCGAGCCAAUAGAGUAGAGUGGGUGGCACCUCCAUAGAGUAGGUCUAAGGUUCAAACUUAGCAGUAAGCUGUGAGUUGCCUAACUAAGAAUGUCAUGAAUUGAUCAUUGGAUGCCAAUUUACUUUUAAAUUUGGGUUGCUGUAAUUAAUUUGUUGCAGAAGUGUGAUAAUUCUUAACGAGUCAAAAAUAAUGGUUCAAUGGUGAUUCCUGUUCAAA